GCCUUUGCGCAUAUUAUACAGACUCCUCCCAGACAUGCCGGGAAGAAAACCUCCUGUCACAGUAGAAGCCUGCCACUGACAGAAGCUCCGUCCAAAGCCUGAAACUUUCACAUACACCAGACAGCAUGAGAGCUUUGACUCCGACCGUGGCGGUGCUGUGGGUGAUAACAAUGCCCUGCCUGCAAGCAAUCCACGGACUGUAUAACUUCGGCCAGCAUGAACUAUUCUACAAGAAGAACAACUGCAAGGCAAUCCCUGCAAAUCUCCUGCUUUGCCACGAUAUAGAGUACACGGAGAUGCGCCUCCCGAACCUGCUCGGACACGAAACCAUGAACGAAGUACUGCAGCAAGCGUCGUCUUGGAUCCCGCUGGUCCAGAAACAGUGUCACCCGGACACGAGAAAGUUCCUCUGCUCUCUUUUCGCUCCGGUCUGUCUGGACGAUUUGGACGAGCCCAUACAGCCGUGCAGGUCUCUCUGUGAAAACGUCAAGCGCGGCUGCGCGCCCGUGAUGUCCGCCUUUGGCUUUCCAUGGCCAAAGAUGCUGGACUGCGAGCGCUUCCCACUCGACAAUGACCUGUGCAUACCGCCUGCAAGCAUCGACAGCUUUGCGCCAGCCACCAAAGAGGCGCCCAGGGUGUGCGAUGCUUGCAUGGAAACGGAUGAAAAUGACAACGAAAUUGUUGAGAACCUCUGCAAAAAUGACUUUGCUCUGAAAAUCAAAGUGAAGGAGAUCGCCUACAUCAACGGCGACACCAAAAUAGUGCCGGACACGAAGAGCAAGACAAUCUACAUGGUGAACGGCGUGACGGAGCGAGACCUCAGGAAGACGGCGCUGUGGCUGAAGGACGGGCUGCAGUGUAUCUGCGAGGAGAUGGACGACAUCAACGCCGCAUACCUGGUCAUGGGCCAGAAGAUGGAUGGCCAUCUGGUCAUCACCUCUCUGAAGCGCUGGCAGAAGGGACAGCGCGAGUUUAAAAGGAUUUCACGCAGCGUCCGCAAGUUACAGUGCUAGGGAAGAGGGGGGGAGGAAGAGGUGGGGUGGGUACCUGCAUGUUAAGGUUGAAGGUCAAGUUUUGUUGAGGGAGUCCUUCUUUUGUGGUCGCAGUUCUGGUUUUUCUGCUCUAGAGCGCAGCAAAGACGUUUGCCUGGCCCCAGAGGACGCACAGCUUACUGUUUCUCUCAUUGGUUUAUCAUUGAAUACAGAUAAUGUUUAAAAAGAAGAAGAAGAAGUUGAAAUGGGGUAUAAAGUAUAGAUAAACACGCUUAAUUAAAUAAACCAAAAAUCUUUUAUUUGACUCUAAAACUAUAACUGUGGUUUUUAUUGUGAAAAUCAGACUUCCAGACAGACUUCCAUUCAGUUUGUACGCACCGGUAACAUUGGUGCCCCCUAGCUGCCAAUUUCAAACUGUGCGUCCCUCCCCAGCCAAUGGUCUUUGCUGCGGCCCCAUCAGUUACAGUUAAUUGAACUCAGCUGCUGUCCAAGGUCCAGAGCAAUCACAACUUACACGGAGAGAGUGAAAACUAGCAAAGCUUUGAGUCCAGGAUUUGAAAAUGACUGACUCUACUUAUCACUGGCAGAUGUGUCAUCCUGGUAAAGCUCACAGAGUGAGCUCGUCAGACUUUUAGGGCGUUUUUCUCAUCUUUUCCAGGAGGUCAAAUCAGGUGUUAAAUCUUUUAACAUUAUUGUUUUUUUAGCCGUCAUUUCUAUAAAAGCCCCAUUUAAAAUCAACAACAACACGCAGACCUGGACAGCUUUGAGAUCAGCAGCAACAGAUCUGGUGAUGUACUGCUUGGAUUAAGUUAACAAUGUAUUCUCAUCUUAUAGAAAGUCACUUCUGCCUCAGAUGCUAACGCGGAUUCAUUUUACACAGUGCCCAGCGAUUAAAGCUGUGAUCCAGGGGUGCCUAGCGCGAAGCAUACAGCAAAUAUUUGUGGUUUUGUAUUCCUACCAUUUCCUCAAAUGAGAGAUAGCUGGCUAUAUUCUCUUCCCGUUCAGUAUUUUAAUAAUUCUUGGUAAACGUUUUGUACUUGAGCAACUGCAUAAUUUUCUACCACCAUAUGAUAAAAAUAUUUUUUUACUCCUAGACACUCAUGUGUCAUGUAAACAUUCAACUUUGCAUCUUCAUUCUGAGUGACGCAAACUGCUUCUUGGUAUUGAUGAUUGGACGGUUUUGAUUAGCAGGUAGUUUGGUAAAUGCAAGUAACUGUGUGUCUGUGUGUGUGCUUGAAACAUAAGUCAUUUUGGAUGUAUUACAGUGUAAAUAUCAAAUACUGUCAUUUAUUCUUGUGUAAAGUUUGCAGCAAUUAAAAGAUACAAAGUUAAUAUUUGAAAUGAGCCGGUCCAUUGCUGUGCACAGGAGAGAGGUCGUUUUCCUACUUUAAAAUAAUCUUGAUCCCACAGCUAUAGGAUAGAGAAACAUACUGAUUUAACACUGCCAUCUAGCGGAAUUCACUGUUAAAAAUCUGAUCAUAGAUCACUGGAUAUGCACUCACCGGCCACUUUGUUAGGUACACCUGUUCAGAUUCUCCUCUAUGCAAACAUCUCAUCAGCCAAUCACGUGGCAGCACGUUAGCGUAUUUAGGCACAUAAGCAUGGUCAAGAUGACCUGGUGAAGUUCAAACCGAGCAUCAGAAUGAGGAAGAAAGGUGAUUUAAGCGUGUUUGAACAUGGCAUUUGUGAAUAUUUCAGAAGCUGCUGAUCUGCUGGGGUUUUCCAACACAGCCAUCACUGGGUUUUACAGAGAAUGGUCCAAAAAAGAGAAAAUAUCCAGCAAAAAUAAUCGCAACUUGUUAGAACCAAAGUACACAGAAGAACAUCUCUGAAUGCACAACAUAUCAAAUGUACACCUGUGGUGGGCUGCAUCAGCAGAAGUGGGAACCACUUCUGUCAACUAAAAACAGGAAACUGAGACUACAAUUUGACCAGGCUCACCAAAACUGGCAACAGAAGACUGGAAAAACGUCGCCUGGUAUGACGAGUUUUAAUUUCCUUUGCAACAUUCGGCUGAUAGGAUCCAGAUUUAGCAUAAACAUAAUGAAAGCAUGAAAACAAUGGUUGAGGCUGCUGCUUGUGUAGUGGUGGUGGGGGUGUGCAUUUUCUUGGCACACUUUGGGCCACAGCCUACUUAAGUAUCUUUUGAUGGCUGCUCCCAGCAGAAUAACUAUGCCACAUACCAUGUCAUGUUCUCACAAUGUACACUGUACUCAAAUGGUCUCCACGGUCACCGGAUCAUAGUCUCAGUGUGCAGCCGACAAAUCUGCAGCAAUGCUAUCACGUCAAUAUGGACUGAUAUCUCUAAGGAAUGUUUCCAGCACCUUGUUGAAUCCGCGUCAUGAAGAAUUAAAGCAUUUCUGGGGGCAAAAAGGGGUCCAACCAGAUACUAGCAAGCUGUACCUAAUACAGUGACCAGC